CCAAACCAACACAAAAUUCUUCAUAAUGUCUUCUAUUUUUCUGCAAUUCACCCCCUUCUUGUCCCAAUCUCUCCACACCCACCGCAAGCUCCGCCGUUACAGACCCCCCACCCCUCUUUUCCGGCCGUCAAAGCCCCCCGGACACCUCGCCGUCCGAGCACUUCAACGGAAAACAGAGCUUCCAUCUCUUCCAACGCCGCCGCAGAAACCAACCCCUGUGGCCAAAUUCGUGUCCACGGCGGCAGGGCUGUUCCCUCUGUAUAUCACGGCUGGUGGCGUUGUUGCGUGCCUGAAACCGUCGACGUUCUCGUGGUUCGUGCGGAGAGGGCCUGGUUCUUAUAGCUUGGCUCUUGGGUUGGUUAUGUUGGCCAUGGGACUCACUCUGGAGCUCAAGGAUUUGUUCACUCUGUUCAUGGAGAGGCCGCUUUCUAUAUUAUAUGUAUGUAUAGCUCAAUUCACAAUUAUGCCGGUGGUCGGAGCUCUCAUCGGAAAAUAUCUUGGCCUUCCGCCGCCGCUUUCCGUCGGGUUGGUCUUGCUCGGAUGUUGUCCUGGAGGGAUUGCUUCGAGUGUGGUGACGUUAAUAGCUCGAGGCGACGUUCCUUUAUCGAUUAUAAUGACGGUAUGCACCACUCUGGGAGCCGUAAUUCUCACUCCCUUUCUCACUAAAACGCUCGUUGGAGCUUUCGUUCCGGUCAACGCUUUGAAGCUGUCUCUCAGCACUCUUCAGGUGGUGGUAGCUCCCAUUUUGUUGGGUUCUUACUUGCAGAAAGCUUAUCCAAAGCUUGUGAAACGAAUUGUGACAUUUUCGCCACUUGUUGCUGUCUUAACUUCGUCACUUCUUGCUUGCAGUGUUUUUUCAGAGAAUUUCGUUCGAUUUAAAUCAUCACUUGUUAGUUCGACGUUGGGUUCCGACGGAUCUUCAUGGAUUGGUGUUAAAACGAUAUUGUCCGGAGAGUUGGGAGCUGUAAUACUUUCGGUGUUUUUGUUGCACCUCGUUGGUUUCUUUGUCGGCUACACAAUAGCCGCAAUCGGUGGAUUUCAAGAACGAGAACGGAGAGCAAUAUCCCUUGAGGUCGGGAUGCAAAAUUCAUCAUUGGGAGUAGUAUUGGCAACAGCCCAUUUCAGUUCAGCAAUGGUGGCAUUGCCUCCAGCAAUGUCAGCGGUGAUAAUGAACAUGAUGGGUAGCAGCCUCGGGUCUUUAUGGAGAAAUAUUCCGCCCACUGUUGCAGAGGCUGCCCAGUGAAACCCCCACACACUGUUUGCUUCACAAUAUGGAGGGGCCUUUCUGGGGCAUUGGUUAUCAGAAUUUGACGGCUGAGAUUCAUUCGUCGGAGUUCUGUACUGACAUCUGAUGGCUAUCAAAUCAAGACUGUCGCCAUGGACUGUCGUCACCUUGCACACUGACUCCACUUUGUCAUCUUGCAUCUCUGUCUCUCUUACAAU